AAGGUUUCUUGUGUUUCACCCCACCUUCUUCUUUACACGAGAGAGUUAUGACUCGUAAAAACGCCGUAAAACAAAAAAAUAGUAACCCAAAGUUUGUUCCAUACGUCGCUCCUAAAAAUCCAAAGGAAGCUGCUAUUUCUCCACCAGCUACUUCGUCUUCUUCAACCUCAACUUCUGUUCCCUCCAACCUUGAUAUAGAAAUUGUCAAAGAAGUUUUUGGUUCACCACCAACCAAAGAAAUGGAGUCAAAACUUUUGGACCCUGACGAACAUUUAGACGAUGAUGAUAUGGAUGAGGAUUUAAAAGACUUUACCGUUGUUACCAAAGCUACCCCCUUUGCAGUUGCUAACAGUAUCAAGUUCACCCCCAAAGAAAAAAAUAACAGCAAAAUCAUUUUAGCUAUCAACAAUAUUUUUGCCCAAAAUGAUGAAUUCAAAGGAGUAUCUGUCCGUCGCGUAAAUUUAACGCGUUCUGUAGUAGUCUACUUUGCGACGUCAGACGCGGCUGCCGCAGCUUUACACGUGACCAUUCCUGAGCUUAAGAUUGAAAAGUUCUUUGACUACACCCAGUACAAGACGGAUAUGCAAUUCAAUGAAAGGACUAUCCAUGUUACUGAUAUCCCUUUACAAAUGAAACCAGCAAAUAUUAAACAAAUUGCCUAUCCUUUAGAUCCGUUACCUCUUUCUAUUAAUUCAUCAAAUGUCAGACACGUCAAACAAUCUCUUAAUAGCAUUUACAAAGUCCU